UUUUAUAUUUUUAUUAAUAUACUGGAUAAUUUACUUGUUCAAAUGGAAGAAACAAAUGCGAGAUCAAAUGCGAAAGAUUGACUGUCGGAAAAUGAGAAUUUUCUCUGAGAGAAAAUUGUCAGCGAACGCGAAGAUGAGCGAUGUCGCGAGAGAUGUUUGUGCUUCGGAGAAAAUAUGUAUCUUAAUACUAUCUUUAAUGAUUUAUUCACGGAGAUAAAACAGCGCCACGAGUGCCGGCACGAUUGAGAGGAAUGUAGCGAAUUGAGGUCGAAGCAAAGUGGAAGACGCGAGAAGCGCGAGAUGUAAGAGUGCCGGGAGCUUCAAGAUACUGAAGAGCGACACGUAUGUUUGAUAAAUGGUGAGAGCCCAGCGCAAGCCAUGUACAAUCUAAACGUGAAUGUGAAUCCCAGCCCGACCGGGACCGCGGGUCUUCUCGGUGUCACGGCGGCGGCGGCCGAGGUCACGCCAAGGACACCGGAAAUCGUAAAUUCGCUGAUCGCCAUGACCAAUCCCUUCGAGGGCUACGGCAGCGGCAACGAGAAGGGCAUGCGGGAUCGUACGGACUCGACCAGCAGUGGCGAACCAAGCCCACCUAGUGUCCAGCACACCUGUAGUCAGCUUAUCAAGGAAGGGCUGAAGCUAACAUUGCAGACGAAGAGGCGGGCGAAUAGUAGUGGCGAUGAUGGCAAGAAAAAGACAAAGAAGGAGGAUGGCAGCGGCGCCGACGACGAGGAAGAGGACGAGGCAAGCAACAACAACAACAAGAAUGGUGCUUCCUUUCAACAUCUCAUCGAAAUCUCAAGGCCUCAACAUCUCAAGAUCUUCAAGACCUGCUUUUCACAUCUCAAACUGACACCGGAGGAUGAGGAGCGGCGUCGACGGCGGCGAGAACGUAACAAGAUUGCGGCGACCAAGUGCCGACUGAAGAAACGUGAGAAAACGGUGAUUCUCGUGCAGGAAUCCGAAAUCCUCGAGACCCAAAAUCUCGACCUAAAGUCCCAGAUACAGGAGUUGGAGACGCAGAGGCGCAGGCUUGUCGACAUGCUGAGCCUUCACGGUCCGACCUGCCUAAAACAGGGUGUGGACACGACGUCGUAUCAGCAGUUUGCCGAACCCCUUCAGCUGCCUAGCUACCAGGAUAAUUUUGUACAGCAACAACAACAACCUCCACCGGCACUGAACCAACCGCAAAACUGCGUCACCGAUUAUCCGGUAAAGGUUGAAGAGUACGAAACCGAUUUCUACCGGCAGAGUAGUCCCUUCGUACCGACAACCUCGGACGCCGGUUGUACGGUUUAGCGAAACGGCGAAAAUCGUUUUUCUUCGCCAUCUCGAGGGAGGGAGGAUCAUCGAGAAGCUCGGAAUGCAUGUGUAAUGAUUCGAUGAUUAAGGACAGUCCUACCUAAACAAAACAUAUACAACAAUUAAUUUAGUUUCGCCUAAAUGCAAAACUUUAAAUGAUGUUUAAGAAAUAUCUAAGGAACAUAUUUUUAUGUAAAAAAUGUAAAUAUAUUUUUUGCUUCACAAGCAAAUGGUAAAAUCAAGAUGAAGAUUAAAAAUGUAGUGAGAAUGUUGAUUAAUAAUUGAUAAAAGUGUCUUUUUACUUUAAUUUAAUUUAAAGAAACGAUUUUAAAAAGCAACGAAUUACAAAGAUCAAAUUUAAAAGAUUUUUAAUCUUUAACUUUAACUUUAACUUUUUUAUAGCCACGUUUCUUUCGUGAAAUAAAUUCUUGUAAAAAAAAAUCACAAUUAUGAAUUGAAAGUUAUAAGUCUGCGAUUUGAAAUAAAUUUUGAUAUUUAUAUUUGGCAUAGAUAUAUAUACAUAUCAGUUUAUGUAUUUUAUAUUUUAUUUAGUUUGCACUAAAAAUGUUCUAUUAUUGUUUAAGAUGUUUAAAUUUUAGUUAUUAAUUACGUAUAAUAUUACACGCAAGUUUUAUUUUUGAAUUUUAUUACUUUGAGCAAUGUACUUUUUUUGCUCGAUGAAAAAGGUUGGCGUUGCGAUGAAGGCAGGAUUAUAUGCAUUCCAUGUACAAGGUCUCGGAGAAUUGAAAAAGUGAUUUUGUUGAUUAUCUUUAAUUUUUAUUGCGUUAAUUUUUACAAUUUAAUUCUUGAGUUUUUUAAUUUUCUAAAUAAUUCGCCCGAGCUUCUCAUCGUUCGUCUCUCCCGAUCGUAAGUCCGUAGCUCAUAAGUCGAUUAUUAUAUUGUAAACGCGAACAAGAAUUUUUAUCUUUUGUUUUCCUCUUCUCGCCAAUCUUUCUUCCUCUUUCUCUCGUUUCAUCUUUUUUUCUAACGAGCUCUUCUUAUACUCGAAAAACGUUCGACGUAGAGAACGCUUGAAGACAUUCCUUCGUAAUAACCGUACUGUGACAUUCUCUUUUAAGGCCUUAUUAAUAAUAUAAUGUAAGAUAAAGACGGAUUGUCUAGCGAUGCUCGCUCCUCUACAAGAAUUAUUAUUAUUGUUACUUAUAGAAGAUUUUAAAAAAUUAUUAAAAUUGUCAAUAAGAAAGCUUUAUUUAUGAUUAGAUAAGAAUAUUAACUUUAAUUGUUAAUUUCCUUUGAAAGCUGACAUGUAAUUUCAGUAAAUUAAGAAGAUCGUUUCUCUAUAAAUAACAACGAAGACAUACUUUCAUAUUUUGUAGCAAGUUUGAAUCAACGAAUACAUUAGCCUUUUUCUUCCUCUUUUUUAUGCUUGUCGCGUCAAUGAAAAAACUAAUGGGAUGAGUAAGCAUCGUUAAAGGAUAUUUCGUCGUUAAAUAAUAAG